AUGGCAUCGUCAUUGACAUUACAUGAAAUUGCUACAGUUCUUGAGGAAGAUGAUGAUUUUAGCAACCAGAGACAAGAUUUUGAUAUUUUUUUACUUCCACCUGACACCGCCAAUGAUUACCAAACUGACGAGGACUCGGGUGAAGAAGAUAACGUCAGCAUAAAUAAUUUGCCUGGAAGUUUGCUUCGAGCUCCAGCGGAGCUUGCUGCCUCAACCUCAAUGGAAAAACCAGAAACUGAGGACCAAACCCCUCCCGAAUUUCAAGAACCUUUAAAAAAACGUGUCAUGAAUUACAAUUGGCGAAAACGAGACUUGCAGCUAAGACCUAUUGUUUGGAAACCCCUUUAUCAUACUCCUAUUGAAAGAAGCCCGAUAGAAUGGUUUUCUUUAUUAUUUUCAGAAGAAGUAUUUGAGAUGCUUACUAUUGAAACCAAUAGAUACUUAGCACGUAAGCUUCUCUCUGCUGACGUCAAGAUUGAAGAGAUGAAAUGUUUGGUAGGGAUUUUGUUAGUCAGUGGCUACUGCCAAGUGAGCAGAAGAAGAAUGUACUGGGAAAAUGCAUCUGACUCAAGAAAUAGUUUGAUUGCUUCAGCCUUGUCUCGAGAUAGAUUUACACUAAUUUACUCUAAUAUUCAUGUUGCUGAUAAUCUAAAUUUAGAUACAUCCGAUAAAUUUGCAAAAGUUCGUCCUUUAUUAAAAGUUUUAACUAUGAGGUUUCUUGAGCACUGUCCACAUAAGGAGAAUCAUAGUGUUGAUGAGGCUAUGGUCCCAUAUUUUGGUCAUCACGGCUGCAAACAGUUUAUUAGAGGCAAGCCUAUAAGAUAUGGAUACAAAUUAUGGGUUGGUGCAACAUCAGGAGGUUACAUUGCAUGGUUUGAACCAUACCAAGGUGCUUCUACAUUUACGAAUGCCCAAUAUUCCCAGCUUGGUCUUGGUGCAAGUGUGGUUUUGUCUUAUGCAGAUCAACUAGCAACAUUAGGCUAUGGAAAAAACUACCAUCUCUUCAUAGAUAACUUUUUUUACCGGUUUGCCUUUGGUUCAUGA